AUGGAGGAGUUAACAAUUGCAUUAGCAACAGCGGAUGUCGUUGUAUAUGAUGAUAUAACUAAGAAGUGGCUAUCUCCAGAUGGAUCUACCGACUCGUCACGUUCACAUGUUCGAAUUCUUCAUAAUAUCCAGACAAAUAAUUUUCGAAUUAUUGCUAAUAGAGUGCAGGAUGGACAGUGGAUGUUGAAUUUUAAGGUGUUUGAUAGGCUCAAGUAUAAGUCGGCAACACCAAUGUUUCAUCAAUGGCGAGAUGAAAAAAGAAAAGUGUAUGGUCUUAACUUUGUACUGGAAGAAGAAGCGCGUUCAUUUACCAAAGUUAUGACACAAAUUUUAAAUAUCCUGUCGUCAUCAAGUGAUUAUCAGAAUGGUGUUGAUUUGGGAUUAUCAAAUGGUGUCUACCAAGAACCGCAACAACUUCAUGUUGCACAUAAUGCACCUUCGUUUAGGGAUAACGAUAGUGAUAGUGUAUGUUCAGGAAUUUUGCAGGCAAAUGUUACCAAUAUGAGGAAAUCUUCGCAAUCAAUGCACACAACAACGAGUGUUACGACUGGAUUUGUAUCAAAUGCUCCACAACGGCGAUCAUCACAAGGAUCAAGCUCAUCGAAUGGUUCUGCCAAUUUUGCUUCACUUAGUAUCAAUUCAACAGCAACAACGACUGUUAAUGGUCCUUCAAAAACAGCCCAGUCUCUUUCUGCCGGUGGUGCAAAUCACAACCCUGCAACAACUAAUAUUACAUCAACUGUUGUCACUUCAAAUGCUCCACCUGCACCUCCACCUCCACCACCACCUUCAGCAUUAACAACUAAAAAGAAAAGUGCUUGCUCAAUGGCUGAUCAGAUAAAAAAUGUUCAGUUGCGUAAAGUUAAUUCAGCAUCAUCAAAUUUUGGUAAUAGCUUUACUGGUUCUGCUUUUUGUGAUAAUAAUGCUAAUGGCAGUAAUGGAUCCGUUCGACGACCAUGGGAGAAACCAUCAGUGCCUUCGCUUAAUGGUGGUACUGUGAAUAAUGAUUCUCCGAAAACCCAUCGAAAUGUUGUCAGGGUACCAAGUGGGUCGUCAUUAUCGAGUCAGGAUGAACCUCGACCAACGGUAAUGCCAAAUACAAAUUCAACCUCCUAUAAUUCAACAAAUCAGUCUAUGCAAGCAGCAAAUGGGCCAUCGAUGGAUAUACUAGAAAAGUGGAAACGAGAUAUUCUUUCAGAAAUACGAACCGAAAUUAAUAAUGCAAAGAUGGAAAUUUUGGAAUUGAUUCGUACUGAGAUUUUGGCUCGAAGAUAA